AUGAUUGGCAAGCGCAUUCCAGAAUUUCUGCGCAGGGGUCUUGCGGACAGGUCAGCCGCACCACCAGUCCAGGUGCUGGGCAUGAUGUGUACAUGCAUCCUGAGCUCAUCUCAAUUUGACAAAUCUACUACAUGUACCAUGGCUGAUCCAUACAACCCAUACAGUUUCUAUUCAACACCUACUCCUGGCGGUAUUGGCUAUUACCCCCCCGACGAUCAAUCUCACCACCGUGAAUAUGGCUAUGAGCCGCAACCACACUGGAGCCCAGACUCAAACCCGGGCCAAGUCCCUCACCAAAGUCAUAAUAAUCUCGCACCAGAACCCUAUGGCUCCACACUGGAAAGAAGCUACACACCAGCAGGCCAGCCAGAUUAUCAGGGACCGGUAGGUCCAAUUGGAUACCACCAUUCGCAAACCAAAGUCCCCGAAAAUGCAAGCUACUAUAAUGAUGAUCCGGUCGACCAACCACGGUACGCUCCGACAGCUCCGCCACCCGCUGUCUACAUCUCAGAAGCAGAAGAUAGCCAACGCGAGCAACGCUCAGACAACGAAGAUACAGAUCGAGAUCUGGAUCGCGGACUCGGAGGCUCACUCGCCGGCGGUGUUGCGGGCUACUACCUUGGUCACAAGAAAGAGCAUGGUCUACUUGGAGCGAUUGGGGGUGCUCUUCUCGGGCACUUCAUUGAGGACAAAGUCAAGGACCAUGCGAAGAAUGAGGAUGAUGAUGAUGAUCACAGAUCUGAGCAUAGUCACCGCGAGCAUCAUAAACACCAUCAUCAUCGCCAUCGGAGUCAUUCGAGACACAGUGGUCACUCUCACAGUGGUCACUCUCACAGUGGUCACUCUCAUGGUUCGAGACACAGUAGUUAUUCGAGACACCGCGGCGAAGAAGAUGAGCACUGA